AUGCCUCUACCAAUAGGCGUCUAUCGCGCUGACCAGGUGGGUUCUCUUCUACGUCCCAAAGACAUCCUUUCAGCUCGGGCAGAGCUUCCAGUAAACAGCCAAGAUACUUCUUCCCUCCGACCAAUUGAAGACAAGCAUAUCAGCGAUGUCGUCCGGAAACAACUACAGGCUGGCCUUCGCUCAGUGACUGACGGCGAAUUCCGUCGCGCCUUCUUUCAUCUCGACUUUCUUCGUAACCUCGAAGGUGUCACUGUUGAGGGCGGUCUUGCCAGCACGAACACAUCCAAGGAAGGAUUCAUCCCACCACGACUCGUGAUCACCGGAAAAGUCAAGCACGUCAAGCCGAUUCAGCUCGAUGACUUCUUGUUCUUGGAGGAGCAGAUCGCCAACGCAAGAAAGGAGGGCCUCAUCUCAGAUGGUGAGAAAGUCACCACCAAGGUCGCCAUACCUUCCCCGACGAUGUGUCACUUCCGUGGUAGUCGCGAAACCAUCUCGAGCGAGGCAUACCCAGGCGACGAUCUGACACCCUUCUUCAGCGACCUUGCGAAGGCGUACCAGGUGGAGAUCAAGACCUUGUACGAUGCUGGAUGUCGCUUCCUGCAGCUCGAUGAUACGAACCUAGCGUAUUUGUGUGACCCUGAAAUGCGUGCAAAGGCUGGCGAAAGACACGGAGUGACGGCAGAGCAGAUCACAGAGCAGUAUGCAAGCCUGAUCAACGCUGCUAUCUCUGAAAGACCCAAGGACAUGGUGAUUGGGAUUCAUCUUUGUCGCGGUAACCACCGCAGUCAGUGGUUCGCGCAGGGUGGCUACGAGCCUGUGGCGCAAGUCCUAUUCGAAAAGCUCAAUGUCGAUGUGUAUUUCCUUGAAUACGACGAUGCUCGAUCGGGCGAUUUCGCACCUCUAAGGUUCUUGCCUGAGGAAAAGGUUGUCGUGCUUGGUGUGAUGAGCAGUAAGAAAGCGGAUCUAGAUGAUAAACAGACGAUUACGAAGAGGUUGAAGGAAGCGGCGAGUCAUGUUCGUGGCGGUCUGGAUCAGCUGUGUCUGAGUCAUCAAUGUGGCUUUAGUAGUACGAUGGAGGGCAAUGAGUUGAGCGAGGAACAGCAGUGGGAGAAGGUGAAGCUGGAGGUGGAACUUGCGAAGCAUGUUUGGGGACAGGAUAUCUCAAACUGA